GAGACCGUUGCCACAACGGAAACGUCCUUUUCGCUUAUGUUUACCAACUAACUGCAGCAGUAUCUGACGGUUUCUGAAGAAUGGCUUCUUCCUCACACGGUCACAAACAUUCAAACGGAUUAUACACUUUCUCAAGUCGCCCCAGACCUGUUGACAGCAGCUCCAAAUGCAGAGAGCCUUCGUCCGAGCGGACACAGUACAAUUACGGAAACAUUAUGUAUGAUCGUCGUGUUGUCAGAGGAAACACGCAUGCCCAACAUAUUCUACCAACUACAGCUCAACCAGACCCUGCUGAGACACAAAAACAGAUGAUCAAAAAGAGAGCCGCUGCUCGAAAACAGGCCUGGAAGCAGUGGAGACUUAGAACUCCUGAAGCCCUGCAGGGCAGAAAACACAUUGAUGUACAAACAGAGCUUUACCUUGAAGAACUGAGUGAUCAUAUUGUAUCAACUCAUGCUGAGUGUCAGACUGAUGCUUUCCUGGACAAACCAUCAACUCCGCUCUUCAUACCUGCCAAAUCUGGCAAGGACGUUGGCACACAGAUAGAGGAAGGAGAGUUGUUUGACUUUGACAGGGAAGUGCAGCCAGUGCUGGAGGUCUUAGUGGGUAAGACAGUUGAACAGGCUCUGCUGGAGGUGAUGGAAGAGGAGGAGCUGGCCUGUCUGAAGGCCCAGCAGAGGGCCUUUGAAGAGCUCAGACAUAAUGAGCUGGCGGAGGUGGAGCGGCUUCAGGAGCAGGAGAGACGCCACAGUGAGGAGAAGGUAUGCAAUUUCUUGAAAUUCCCAUUUAAAUCCACUAGAUUAUGUCUACCCGGUUUCUGUCACUACUGAACAUGAUGAUAAAUG